CAGCCAGCUGGAGGGAAGGGAGCGCAAGGGGAAUCUCUGCACCCUGGACAACCCUCCUCCAAAUGAACUGUUCUCCCCUUGGAUCUAGUACAGAGACAGACAGAGAGAGCUGCCCUUCUCCAGCACCCUACCCGGCUCUAGCACCCACUCACCCUCUCCGCCAGGCUAACAGAUUGCCUAUCAGGGUGCUGAAAAUGCUGACUGCACAUACAGGACAUUUACUGCACCCGGAGUACCUGCAGCCUUUAUCCUCCACCCCUGUCAGCCCUAUAGAGCUGGAUGCCAAAAAAAGCCCCCUCGCUUUGCUGGCUCAGACCUGUUCUCAGAUUGGAAAGCCAGAUCCUCCUCCGUCGUCAAAGUUAAACUCUGUGACUAGCAGUGGGCUGAGUGAAAAGGAGAGCGGCCGCUCUUCCUCACUGAAGCUGGGAGAGUCUCCUCUAGAAGACAAAUCUAGUUUUAAACCCUAUUCAAAGGGUGGGGAAACCAGGAAAGAGAGUGGAUCCACAACUGGUAGUGCUUCAGACAAAGCUGGAUUUAGAGUGCCAAGUGGUUCCUGUCAGCCAUUUCCUCCUCAUGCACCAUCCCCGUCCUCUAGGGUAAGCUCCCCUGGACAGCACUGUGACUCUAAAAGUAGUGAAAGUCAAGAGAAGAAAGAGCCAGAAGCCAUCAAAAUCAGCUCAGAGGGGUCUCAAGCGAACCUCAACCUACAAAGGGCCAGCACCAGCAACUCCAGCGCCGAGUCCAGCCAAAGUGGGGAGUGUACCCCCAUCAGCAAAUCUGAGCCUCCUUCCCUUGGAUCUGGUCAUGUUGCUCCAGUAUCUCCCUACAAACCAGGACACUCUGUAUUUCCUCUUCCACCAUCUGGCAUUGGAUACCAUGGAUCCAUAGUGGGCGCUUAUGCUGGAUACCCAUCCCAGUUUGUUCCUGGGCUGGAUCACACCAAAUCAAGCCUGGUUGGUAAUCAGCUGUCUGGGACUUUAGGUUUGCCAGGAAAACCUCCCAGUUCGAGCCCUCUGACUGGUGCCUCUCCUCCCUCCUUCAUGCAGGGAUUGUGCAGGGACCCGUAUUGCCUGAGCUACCAUAAUGCUUCCCACCUUGGCUCUAGCAGCUGUUCCACCUGUGUGCACGAUCCAUCGGCACUGAAGUCUGGAUACUCUUUAGUUUAUCCCAGUCACCCUCUACAUUCAGUGCACACAACGCUAUCUUCCAGUGUCACCCCUACCCUAUCUGGUCAUCCAAUCUACACCUAUGGCUUUAUGCUUCCUAAUGACCCAGUCCCUCACAUUUGCAACUGGGUGUCUGCUUCUGGACCUUGUGACAAAAGAUUUUCCUCGUCAGAAGAACUUCUUGCCCACUUAAGGACACACACAGCUUUGCCCGGCGCUGACAAACUUUUGGCUGGUUACCCCACAUCUGGUUUGGGUUCUGCUGCGUCUUGCCACCUCCACCUCCCUCCUACUGGGCCUGGAAGCCCUAACACAUUGCCGCCAUCUCUGUCAUUAAGGAGUCCCCAUACCUUUGGACUAAAUAGGUACCAUCCUUACGGAAAAAGUCCCCUGACAACACCCAGUGGUCUCCCAGUGCCCUCAUUACCAGCAGGAUCAUACUACUCCCCGUACGCACUAUAUGGACAAAGAUUAACGUCAGCUUCAGCGCUAGGAUACCAGUAAAUAGAUCCCCCUAAACAUAGACUGUAUAUUUAUUUACUGUAUGUUAGCUUCAAGCUGGGAAUAUUAAGUGCAUUAUUUACAACAAUCCAAUGGUAUGCAAACAUUCUGUGCCCCCAAACAUUUAUUUUAUAUUAAAUUACCAGUCUGUCUUCCAUUUGAGCUUUACCCUUUAUUCUGUUUUUUUUCUGUUUUGCAUGAUAUCCAUCACUUACUCCUUUCUUUCUUUUCUUAUCCAUUUUGAGCGUUAAAAAUAAAACCUCAACCUCAUCUUGAUUUUUGUACAGUUAAAAAAAAGAGUGUAUUUUUUUGUAAUGUGUUUUCGGCAUGUGGGAGUGGGUGGGAGUUGAGAGAAGAGGAAGCAAAAACACUUUGAUGGUUAUCCAAAAUUGGCAAAUCUUAUUUUGUUAAUAAAUGAAAACUUAAUUAUCCGUUCUGUGUUCUUUCAAAUGACAUCUCAUUUUUAUUACCUUUAACUGCUUUCUGAAAUAUUUUCAAAAAGGGUUUCCUUUGCUAUUACAUUGGAAGAAGAAACUCAAUGCCAAAGCAUUCUAUAUAGUACAAUAUCUGGAAUGUAUUGAUUAUAAUAAACAAUGUUUUUUUGCUAUUAAA